AUGGUUCAAUCCAUAGUCACAGGAUUCGCCAAAGUAGUCACGAUCCACGUUCCAAACGGCUCGAUCCCAAACGGGGUACGAUUGCGUACCGAUCGCCGACAGAAACGCCCUCCGGUACGUCAUGCUUGCGAUCCCACCAAUUCUUUAAAUCGAUACCUGAAACGUGAAAUUGGCAAAUUGGAUUGCACAGAAACGCGAUUGGGAUCGGGAAUUUUGGUUUUGGAACGCCGAUUUGUGAAAUUGGCGGGAAAUUGUUUUUAUCCGGAGAAAAGUCACCGACGCUUGAUUUCUUCCUUAAGCCCUCGAUUCCAUGUUAGUCACAAGGGAAGGAUACUUGAACCAGUAGAAAAGCUGAAGGGUGGAUUAAGGAGCCGAAGUCCUAGACCAAGGUAUAGAGAUGAAUACAAGGGCUACAGGAGGAUAAGUCGCAGCAGUAGCAGGGACAGAAGCAGGUCUCCUCCACGUAGGAGUAGGUCACCUUCUAGAAGCAGAAGCCCUGAAGGAGGAGGAAAUGAGAAAGCAUCAACAUCAUCACCCUAUUCCCAUGGUAGAGCUGAUUCCAGAAGCCCUUUGCAGCGUUCUGAUUCCAAUGGUUUGCCUGGACCAGUGGGGUUGGUGAGUACUAGUCAUUUGGAACAAGAAGCUGCAGUACUUGCUUUGUCAACUUUGAUGACCAUAGCUCCUGCAGAAGUUUAUGCAGAAUUUGAAAAGGUUGCACCCACUAAGAAUGUAUCAGCUUUUUUAGCAUCUGUUGGAAAGUGA